CCACUUCCGCAUUAGUAACCACAGGCUACCUGAUGAAGAGCAGACGUCAACAAUAUUAACAAUAAAGUGGCGGUUACCCUGAUUUAAGACUGAAAACGGUCAGACCCGAAUCGGGAUCUGCUGUGUUUUAUUACCAGUAACAGGUGAAAACUUCAGCAUGACAAACGUGAGGAGAGUAGAAAAAACAGUUUUGAGUGUGGAGCAGUCAGAGGGAGUCGGCGCUCGCGUUCGCAGGAGUAUUGGGAGAAAGGAACUCAGAAACCUGGAUCCUUUCCUGAUGUUGGAUGAGUUCAGGGUGAGCAAGCCAGCAGGUUUCCCAGACCACCCUCACAGAGGAUUUGAGACGGUCACUUACGUCUUGGAGGGAAUCACAGCUCAUGAAGACUUCUGUGGCCAUUCAGGUCGCCUAAAACCCGGAGAUCUGCAAUGGAUGACUGCAGGACGGGGGGUGGUCCAUGCUGAGAUGCCCGUGUCAGAGGAGCCAGUGGUGGGCUUACAGCUGUGGGUGAACCUGUCAAAGUGUGAUAAGAUGGUGGAACCAGCAUACCAGGAGCUGAAGGGCUCUGAGAUCCCCAAACCAAGCCAGGGAGGAAUUACAGUCGCUGUGAUCUCUGGAGAGGCUUUAGGAGUGAAGUCCAAGGUUUACACGAGGACACCAACCUUGUACCUGGAUUUCAGACUGCAGCCUGGGGCCCUGCAUGUUCAGCCAGUUCCCUCAGGAUGGACUGCAUUCAUCUAUACACUGUCAGGAUCCAUUCAUCUGGGUCCAGAUGAGGAGCAGCAGAAGGUGGAGCCCCAUCACACUGUGGUGUUUGGAGAUGGAGACUGUGUGAAAUUUGAGAAUAAGGGCACUGAAGUUUCCCAUUUUGUUCUGAUCGCUGGCAAACCAAUCAAAGAGCCUGUUGCUCAACGUGGUCCAUUUGUAAUGAACACAGACGAGGAGAUCACAGAGGCUAUUAAGGACUACCACAACGGCACAAAUGGCUUUGAAAGAGCCGUAAACUGGAGGUCUAAGAUCAGAGAUUCUCUCUGAACACCUCAUGACACACUAAGAUGGUGAAAUGUUUGCCUUACAGAUCAAGCUUUAAGCAGUUUUAUUCUUAUGAUUCUAAACAGAUAGUAAAAGUUUGAGGUUUGAAUAUGUAGGUAUUUAUUCCAAGGGUUUGGGCUGAAUAUGUGUUACAGGACAUCUAGUACUUUCCAUCAUGCAUUCUGACUUGUUCCAUGUUUACUUGCUUUGUGGAAACUCGCCUUUUUGUUUGCAGUGUAGUGCAUUAACUCCCUUUCCACUAUAAGAUAUAGAUAUUAGGGAAAAUGUGUUUCUGCUCUCCACGCCCCUUGUUAAGUUUAGGCUUUAUUACAUUUUCCCUCUGCUGUUUGUACACUGUGGCUGAGCUGUUAUAAAGCUUGUGUGUAAAUGCUUUCACACUGCUGAGAUGAACAUAAAUGCACUAAUUUCAGGAAGUAGAAGUUUUAAAUCUGAAAUGUUUUAUGCACUAUGCACUAGAGCCCUAAGCAGACAUGCUUUACUCAAGAUAGAAAGUAAUUUCAAGCUCCCUCCUUGAGUACUUGACUUAUUUAUGUCAUUAUCUUGGCAUAAUAACUUGUUUCUUUCCACAUGAUAACAAGUUAAUAUCCUUAAAUAAUGGGGCAAUGACUAACCUUAACCAGUUAUCAAGGCAAAACAGUCAUUAUUAACCAGAGAUAAGAAGUUAAAUAAGUAAAUAUUCUGUAUUAAAGAACAGAAAUUUACUUGAUGUUACAAGAAAAUGGAGUAAAUUAAAACUUGUACAGUGCCUGUUAAAUCCACCUUGGUUGUUUUACCCUGUUAUUGGUAUUAUGAAUCAAUCAUGGUCAGUGAUAUAAAAAAAAUACAAAAAAAUUAUUUGAUGCCAAAUUGAAACAUGUUUCCAGUAAAUACUGUCAAUUGAAUGAAAAUAUUGAUGUAAAAUAUGUGACUGCAUAAAUAUUCACCCCCUUUAAAGUCACCGACCUAAUCCAACAGAGGUCCAGCCAAUUGGUGCUAGUAGUCUCACAGUUAGUGAAAUGGGGAUCACCUGAGUGCAGUGAAUGUGUCUCAAGUCAUUGUAGUAUAAAGACACCUGCGUCGGGACGGUCCAGUCACAGUUUAAUCAGUAUUCAUCGCUACCAUAACACCAUAAAGACAAAGGAACACUGUAAGCAGCUCAGAGAAAAGUAUAUAUGUAUAUCUCAGAAGCUGAUAUGGGAGAGCCUCUGCAUACAACAACUGUUGUGGUUCUUCACCAUUCAAACCUUUAAGGUAGAGUGGCAAAGAGAAAGCCACUACUGAAGAAAACUCAGAUUAAAUCUGGACUAGAGUUCCCCAAAAGUCAUGGGGGAAACUUCAUGGUCAAGUGGAAGAAAGUUCUUUGGUCCGAUGAGACCAAAAUGGUGCUUCUUGGCCAUCAGACGCUAUAUUUGGCAGACAUCAACCAUCAGACAUCUCCAAAAACAAACUAUCCACUCUGUGAGGCACAGUGGUGGCAGCAUCAUGCUGUGGGGAUGCUUCUCGGCAGCCAACCUUGGAAGCCUUGUAAAGAUAGAGGGUGAAAUGAAUGCGUCAAAAUAUGGACAAUCAUAUUCGGUCUGCAAGAGAACUAGUCGAAGCCCAGACCUCAAUGCAAUAGAAAACCCAAUACAUAUUUUUAUGUAAGUGACAUAACUUUUUAGAAAUCUGUUUUCACCUUGACAUUCAAAAAGGUUUUUUUUCCUUUUUUGUGAAAAAAGCUAAAUUAUUUCGACCAUGAUUAAUUCAUAAAAAACAAUGAAAGGGUAAAACAUCCAAGGGGGUGAAUCUUUUAUACAGGCACUGUAGAUGCAUGUCUUUGCAGGUCUACCAAAAUAUGACUCUCAUUAGAUGCACUACUUUUUAAAAUUGAUUUUUAUUGUUCAGUUGAUUUCUACAUGUAUAUUACACUAAAAUGUUGGAGGGUAAAGUAUCAUUUUGUAAAUUUUAUGACUAUUAAAUAUAGUUUUUAUCAAUCAGAAAAGGUGCUUCAGCAGUUUUUUAUUUGUACA